AUGAGUAAGUACGUUGAGUUGUUGGAUACGGGAGUGAGAAUGGUGGCCAGAUUCAAUUCCCACUGUCCUCAAACUUCCCGUAUGUAUUAUCACCCUCCUGGUAAGCACGACGAAGAUCACCACCACACUGAUUUCCACCACCACCAGUUCUUCGGCGGCGGCGGCGGCGGCGGAGGAGGAAACAGCAAUCAGAUUGGUGGCGUCUCCGGCAGUGAAAAUGUGACAGGUGUUAGAUUUGGUGGAGUUGUUUCUAAGAAGGGAACUGAUAGCACUGAUUUCAUUCUUUAUACUCUACUUUAA